CCCAGGGCCCUGGCAAUGCCGGCUUUCCCCCGGCUCACUCCCCACACCCGGGGGUGUCACACCCAUCACCUCCUCCUGGGAGGGGAGAGGGGCCUAGCGAUUAGCGUCUGGAGGUUCCCUGAUGCUCUUUCUCCUCCCACCCCAGAGGCCUCCCUGGAGGGGACCCAGGAGCGGAUCCGGGACGCACAGCGCCGCUCCCUGCUGCUCAGGGCCUAUGCAGCCCGUGCGGCCAAGGAGCGCCAGCGUCUGCAGGGCAGCGUGGCACAGCUGGGGGGACGGCUGGAGCAGCUGCAGGACAUCAGCAGAAAGGCCAAGGUGGAGCUGCCGGUGGGAGGGAAAGUGUCCGACCUUGGAUUUCCCGGUGGCAUGGAGCCCGAAGUGCUGCGGGACGUGCGGACGGCCUGCCAGCUACGCUUCCACUUCCUGAAGUCGCUCUUUGAGCACAGCACGGCUGGGACCCUCCCCAGCGGGAUGAGCGAGGAUUCGCUGGAUUCAUCCUACCAGCACUGGCUGAGCAAGGUGGAGGACAUCGUGGGUUCCCACCCGCCCAGCCACGUGCUGGCGGCCCUGGGGCAGCUGGCCCUGGAGAACGCCUGCUGGGGAGAGUUCCGCUAUGAGAAGUCACACCUGGAAGACCUGGCAGGGCCUCCAGCAGCCCUGCCCUCUGUCCAGGGCCUCAUCCAGCUCUUGUAG